GGCCUGAUCCAGGACAUCAGCCCCCAGGCACAAGACAAACGUCCGGCGUUGACCUCACAGCCCUGCCCACCAGCCGACACACACAGCUUGGGCCUCAGCUCCAAUCUCAGUUUCAGGUCAGGAGCCAAGAAACCUGCCCAGGCUCCGACGCAGGCUUGCCUGAACUUCCCCAAGAAACCGAGAAUGAGUCCUUUCCAGAUGCCUGAAAAUGCCAUCCAGGGAGGUGAGCUGGGUGCCCCAGAGACUCUCCAACCUCCGCCAGCUGCAACCGAACUCAGACCAAGUCCGUCGCCCCAGAUGAGCAGGGGGACACCCGCCCAGGUGCCCAGCAGCGACUGGCAGCCUCCGCACAGCAGACCUUGCCUGCCUACUGUCCAGGCCUGCACCAUGUCCCAUCACCCAGCGGCCAGCCACGAUGGGGCUCAGCCUCUCAGAAUGCUCUUCCGGAGACUGGAAAAUGGAUGGUGGAGCUCCAGCCUUCUGACAGCUCCCUCGUUCCCCUCUCCUGAGAAGCCGGGAGCCCUCCUCGCUCACAGCCCUCAUGUCUCAGAGAAGUCUGAGGCUCCCUGUGUUCCUGUCCCCCUGAGUGUCCUCUAUGAGGACCUUCAGGUUUCCUCCUCCUCAGAGGACAGCGAUUCUGACCUGGAGUGA